AUGCAGAGGAAAAUUUGGUUGUGUGAACAACCAGUGCUGAGCCACACCCCACCCCUGAGGAUCUGGGAUGGGCUGUGUUGGGCAUGAAGUGAGGCUCAGGGUUGGAGUGACACUGUCUGAUGCUCACCUGAAUCACAAAAAUGGGGGGUUUACAAGUCAUGUCUGAACACUCUCAUGGCCUUGUCAAGAUGACUGCACUGGAAUAUCAUCAAACACACCUGUCAUUUAGCCAGCUCCAGAUACAAUGAGCCUAUCAUUUUUUUUUUUUUUUUUUUUUUUUUCUGCUUCUCCCAACCUGCUUUCUGUCUUGUGCUUCCCAGCUUGGCCAAUGGCAAACCAUCUACUCAGGUGCCUAUGUCAGGACCUCCCCAGUUCGUAGAAACAGCAAGUUCAGGAACCACAGCCCUGCAGCCCAGUCCCAGUCUAGGCUCUACUUCCUGAGGCCCAGGGCCUAUCACCUCCUCAACCCAGAAUCAAGGCUCCAGAAGCUCCCACACUGCAGGUGGCAGGCUGAUUUCAGGCAUCUGGCACACAUCUCACCCCAGGCUGGCUUCAUCAGCCCACACCUUUGCAGCUCAAAGGACAGCCCAAGCAAAGACUCCUUCCUCAUCCAGAAGGAGAGCAGAGGCUGGGUGAAGACAGACAAACUCAGACAGACAGACAGCCCACCUGCCCCUUAAGUACCAGGUGUUUGAGCCUAGUAGCAGGAAGGAGGGGAAAGAGAUGAGGCUUAAUCAGUGAGGGCUUCCUGGAGGAGGCAGGUGGCCAGGGAAGGGACUUCUAGAGGAUAGGUAGCUGGGACGCUAAGCUAAAAGGAAACUGGUGAGGGGCGCCUGGGUGGCUCAGUCGGUUGGACAUCUGACUCUUGAUCUCAGCUCAGGUCAUGAUCUUGGAGUUGUGAUUUCAGGCCCUGCAUUGGGCUCUGCACUGGGUGUGAAGCUUACUUUUAAAAAAAAUUGAAGAAGGGAACUGAUCAAAUACCUGCUCUGUGCUGGCCUGGGAUGGGGGUUUAUUGUGUGCAUGUAUUUACUCGUUUGGCAAGUACUUUGUCUACAAAGUGCCAAGCACCAUUUUAGGCACUGAGGAUACACCAGUGGACACAACAGACCAAAAAAAAAUAGCUGUCCUCACAGCUUCUAGUGAUGGGAGAGACAAUUAACAAGAAGAAUAUGCAAAAUAUAAAAUAUGUGAUGUGAUCAUAGUUGCUAAGGAGAAAAUUUAAGCAGGAGAGAGAGUGUGGGGAGGGAAAGGUCAGUUCUAGAUGGGGAGGCCAGGGAAGGCAAGGCAGUACCCGGCACAGAGAAAAGCAAGCACGCAGGCCCUGAGGCUGGAAAGACCCUAUGCAGACCCAUGCACAGCAAAGAAGUCAACAGGCCUGGCAGCAAGAGAGCUGAGGGCCGUGGAAAACAAGGCCAGAGUCCUCAGGUGAGGCCUGAGAAGGACCACCUCACACAGGCCAUCCUGAUGCCCCUGGCUGUCACUCUCAGUGAGCAGGAAGCCUGAGCAGCGCUUUAGGGAAAAGAGGGGGCACAAUCCCCUUGGUGGCUGCGUCAGCAAUGGAUAAAUGGGGGCAAGGACAAAGCAGGGCAAUCCGUUAUGAGGCUACCGCAAUAAUCCAGGAAAGAAACAAGCCGUGGGUUUGAUGUUACCAGGAUAACCUUAACAGAAUCUGUGAGAAGCGACCAGACUUUGAAAAUAUUUUGAGAGUAGCACCAAGAUGAUUCUGUGGCACUGAACAUGGGGUAUGAAUAAAAGGAAUCAACAAUGACUCUUAAGUUUGGGGCCUUAACAAGUAGAUGAGUAACAUUGCCAUUUACUGGAAGAGUAAGUAAGAAGGAUGGAGAGGGAUGUAAGGAGCAGGUUGCCGGGUAAAACACAGGACAGCCAGCUAAAUUUUAAUUUCAAAAAAAGAAUAGAUAAGUGUCGUUUAGUAUAAGGAAGUCCCGUGUACAAUCUAAAAUUCAAUUUUAACUGAGCACGUGAUUCGGGGUAUGGUUUUACUUAAGGGGGGGGGGGUGCGUUUACUUGUUUGCUUUGUCCCUAAAUCUGACAAUCCUACUAAAGGAAGGAGUUAGAUCGGGGACAAGGUGAGUCUGCGAUACUUACUAGACACUGAUAGGAGAGGUGGACGGGCGGCUACGCACAUGAGCCCAGGGUUCAGGGGGCUGGUCUGGCUGGAGAUAAAUAAGUAUCUAGGAGUUGUCAGCCUAAUUCUGAUAUUUUAAGCCCUGAGACUGAAUGGCACCACCAGGAGAAGGAGUGGGGCCAGAGGAGAGAAGGAGCCUAGGACUGAGCCCCAGGGCACCUCAAUACUUCAACGUCAAGGAGAUCUGGAGGACCCAGCAAAGGAGACGGAGAAAGAAAAACCAGAAAGGAAAAAAAGUCAGGAGAGUGUGACAUCCUAGGGACCAAAUUCCUGCUGGGAAUGCAGAGCCUUAGCUGUGGGAAGCCGGGCAAGAGGGUUCAGGUGGAAUGUGAUGAACCAGGGACUGGUUAGAGUGACUUCAAGAGGGGACAGAGGGAACAAAUGGAGAUGAUGCAUCAAGACGACUCUUUUGAGGAGUUUUACUACAGAGGAAUGGAAAGAAACGAGGCAGAUGCUGGAAGAAGGGAGUGAGGGAGGUGUGUUUGUUUUUUAAGACAAAGGACUACCAGCACAUUUAUUGUAAAGGGAAAGAUCCAGUAAAGAGCAGAAGGGAGAAGAUGGAGGAGAAAGAAAGGAGGGAGGUCCGGGGCGGGUGAGAAGGGGUGGGAUUCAGGACACAUGUGGAAUCUUGAAGCUUGCCGGCAACUCAGAAAAGCCAGGCGUUACCUCUAUUUGACGAUAAAAGCUGUGUGGGCAGAAGUUCCAAGUAAGUCCCCGUGUCUUGGAAGGAAAGCAGUAUUCUAGCCUGGAUCCUGGGACAUCUCUUCCUUCCUACCCACAGCCCCAGGCAUGCUGCAGCACGGCUGGAAAGCCCCCAUUCUUCCACCUGACCUGCUUCCUAGCUGGUUCUGCCUGCCCCACUCUGCUCAAGGGAAGAAAGAGCCCCUGCCGCACAUACACAAAUGCAAGGAAACCCUCAGCCAGAGAGGGAAGCCCCUACCUGAGGCCUGGGCAGAGUUUCAGACACUGGGGGAGGCCUGGAACAAAACCAGCCCCUGCCAAGGCCUGGGCCAGAAGAAGUACAGUGCCAGGCUUAGGGCCUGCCACCCCCAGAGAACAGGUGUAGACCCUGAAGGGAGUGUGGGUGGCUGGGGCAGCUUCCAAGCCCUGCUACAACACAGUCUUGCCCUGAGGCAGGGGGCUGGCCUACAUGGCCUCCCACACCUUCCCCUGCUCAGGGAGCAGGACUUGGAAGUGGGACGACAGGGCCUCACAGCCUCUUUCUGGGAUGGGGACUUGUCCAGAUCCCUCCAGAAAAAGCAGAGGCCGGUUGUUGGAGACACUGCCUGAUGUCAGGAGGGAGGGGGCAGCAUCUGGCAAGGUCCGAAUGAUAAGGAGCUCGGCAAUAAAAUCACCUGGUCACCAGAGCAGAAUAACCUGACCACACACAAAGACCCUGCCACACGCCACCACCUCACAGACAACCACACAUGCACACUACCUCACAAAAGCCUCCCAGCCACCUCUGCAAUCAUACCCGUUCACAACCACACCACCAACCAUACACCCAUAUUCCCCACACCCCCCCCCUUAACACACAGCUACCCAAUCGCACUUACCAGACAGACAGUCCCCACACAUAACUUUCUGUGCACCCAGCAUUUACUUUGCAAACAAUAACUGAGUGCACUCUGGAGAAGCAGCAGGAGUGCUACUGGCAAGCCCGCUGCCCUCUUAGAAUGUCAGGGAACGUUCUGAAGCGACACUGCUGAGGAAGUGGAUGAGGUGACUUCAGAUGGGGUGCCCAGGGAAUACCUCUUUCAGAAGGUGAUGAGUGAAAAGCAGUCCGGGCAGAGGGCCAGGCGUCCAUGCAAAGGCCAGGAGGCUGGACUGACUGUGGUGUGUUUGUGGAGCAGAAUGAAAGCCGGGGUGACUGGAGAAGAGUGACCAAGGAGAUGUGGGAUAGGAGACAAAGCAGGACCAGGUCGUUUGGUGCUUUGUAGUCCAAUGUCAGGAGAGUGGGUGUUAGUAUAAAAGUAAUGGUAAGUCACUGCGAGGUUUUCAUAGGUGAGUGACAUCUGAUUUACAUGAUGAAAGCAUUACCUUAGCUAGGAGAAACCAUGGGAGGAAAACUUUUUCAGUUCCCAGAGUAGGGAAGGCAUUUCUAAUUAUGACCAAACCCAGAAACCAAAAAGAUAAGAUGGAUACAUGUGACUGCAUAAAAAGUAUGUUAAUUCUGUAUGGCAAAAAUUCCAUAUUCAAAGUCAAAAAUACAAGUGUGUAACCAGGGACGGUAUCUUUUUUAUUCGUAUCAUAGACAGAGGGCUUACUGCUUUAAUAUAUAAAGAGCCCCUAAGAAAUCAAUAACUUAAAAGGCAACCAUCCACUAGAAAAAGGGCAAAGGCAGGAGCACCUGGGUGGCUCAGUUGGCUAACCAUCUGACUCUUGAUUUUGGCUCAGGUCAUGAUCUCCCAGUUCAUGAGAUCAAGCCCCGCAUUGGGCUGUGCGCUGACAGUGUCAGCCAGCUUGGGAUUCUCUCCCCGCCCCCCUCCGCCCUCUCUCUCUCAAAAUAAAUAAACAUUAAAAAAAAAAAAAAAAAGAAAAAUGGGCAAAGGCAAAGGACAGUUCACAGAAAAACAAACAAAAUGGAUGUUAAGUAUAUCAAAUGAUGCUCAUCCUCAAUCAUAAUAAGAGAAAUGCAAAAUAGAAGUAUAAUGAGAUACCACUGGCAAAGAUCAUACAGUUUGAUAAUGCUCUACACUAGCAAGGACACAGGGACGCAAGCACUCACGUCUGGUGGCAGCAUAAACUGAUACAUCUACGGAGAGGAUUUGGCAUUAUCUAUAAAAAUUAAAAAAUGAGCAUACAACUUUACCCCAAAAAUUCCACUUCUAGGAAUGUAUCCUAUGGACCUAAUUUUAAAAUGUGUUAAAUGAUGUUUGUCCAAGCAUAUUUAUUGCAAUGGUGUUUAUAAUAGAAAGUAGGAAAUAUAUGAUUGGAAGCAGCCUUACGCUUCAUCAGUAUGUGACUGAUUAAAUACAUGAUAGUACACAUACUAUUUAGCUGUUCUAUGCACAGAACCAUGUGCAUAGCAUACCCACAUUGGGUAAAUGUCAAAAGGAGAGUAUCUAUAUAGUCAAAGAUGCAUAGCUGAUCUCAGGAAGGAGAAACAAGUAACUGGAAACCUGGUGGUCAUGUGAGCAGCUCUGGUCACAUAAUCUGGGGUUCGGGGAGAAGUCAGGAGUAGCACCACAAGUGUGGGGACUCCUCAGUGCUGGAUAGUAUUGAAAGCCCCCAGACUGGAUGAGUUCACCCGGGAGAGAAGAGGCUAGAGCCUGGGACAUGCCCACCCUGGACACCAGCAUGUGGCCUCCAAGGUGCAAGAAAACUGGGAGUGUGGUGUCAAGGAAACCCAGGGAAGAAAGCGUUCUGAGAAGGAGGCAGUGGUCACCCGCUGUGUCAGGUGCUUCUGUAGGUCCAGGAGGGUGGGGAUGGAGACACGACUGUUGGAUUUAGCAUCAUGGAAAUCCGUGGUGACCUUGACAGGGCUGCCUUUGUGACACAGUACCGGGAUGGAAACGUUGUUCAAAUGGGUUGAAGAACAACUAGGAGGGAAGGAAGUGGGGAGCAGGUUUGCUCUGAGAUGCUGGAGAGCAACAGGCCGCAGGGAGCAGAUGGCAGAGUCAUGGACCCUCACAGGACGCUCUCAUGUUCACACAUCCCCCAACACUGGCACAUACACAGAAGCACCGAGACCACCGGGCAUGGGGUCUCAACAGUGAUGUUCAGGGGCCAUGACCCAGUGAGUAAAAGACGGCCUCUGCCCUGUGGCUUUGCCCCAUCCAGAAACCACAAGGCUGAGACCUCCAGAGCUGGCUCUGCUGCUUAGCAUCUGUAUGACCCUGGGUAAGUCACCUAACCUCUCUGUACCUCAGUGGGAAGGGUCACACCUUCCUCCCCACUGUGAGGAUGAAAUAAAGUCUGCCAGCCAUGCCUGGCGCAAAGAUGUCUCUGAACACGCAAUGCAGGGUUAGUCUCUAUCGAAAUGAGUAGUCGGUAGGGUGACCGUGUAAUGGAUCUUCCCAGGUUUGGGGGCACUCUUGAGAGUAAGGGGAGGAUGCGAAUUACACUGGACCACAGGUGGCAAACCCGUACAGUCCUGGGGAAAUCCCAUGUACAGUCACCCUUGUGUUAACCACACCACCUCUAUGUCUCCAUCUCUAUGGAGACAGCGAGGGCUCAGCCCCAAGGUGACUAAGACCCCAGGGCUCCCAGGGAGGCCAGAAACGCUGGGGUUUCUCCAACAAGGCUGGGAAAGCUCCUUGUCACAGCACACUAAUAAAUAAGACAAAGCCUCUUUGUACCCAGAGCCGAGCCCAGCUGCAGGCCCGCCUCCUUCCGCAGUCUCUAGGGCAAGGGCGCUCUCGCCCCAACAUCCGACUCCCUCGCACAGAAUCCGCCCCUUGUCCUAACUCCAGGCGACCACCUCUGCCCUCACCCCUGGACAAAGGAUCCCCCCAUCUCCUUUCCAGGCACAGGACUCGCUGUGUCCUUUCCAAUGUGGACGCAGAGUCUGCUCCCCACCUUGGAGGCCACAGAGCCUGAGCCAGGCACCGCCGUGGAGGCUCAUCGUGCCAAGAGAGCAGACCCCUAGAGUGCCCCCAAGCAGGGUCCCGGCCGGGCGCCGGGCAGGAACAGAGACCCGCAGGGCGCGGGCACAGUCGCCGUGGCAACGCGUGUGGGCGAGUCAUGAUUGCAGGCUGUCCCGGGCCACGGCACUUAACAGUUUAGAGUGCCUCCCGCCCCUGAUCUCAUUGGAGCCUUUGCAACAGCCCUGCCCAUGGCCACCGAUGCCCCCAUUUCCCACAUGAAGAAACCGAGGCUCGGAGCAGCGACGAGCCCCUCAGAAGGCCGCCCCGGCAGCGGGUGGCAGCAGGACUAGACGCGGACCCCUUGCGGCCGAGCCGGCCCCCAGGCUCCUCCCCGGCCCUCCCUCCUCCGCGCCGCCCCCCUCGCUGAGCCCGCCGCCGCCGCGCGCCUGGCCUCCACUGCAGAGCCCGGUUCCCGCCCCUCCGCCGCCGCGCGGGGCUCCCGGACGCGGGCUCCCGGUGGGCACGGCCCCCGGCACGCCCGCCAAGCACCAUGGACUGGAAGACGCUGCAGGCCCUCCUGAGCGGCGUGAACAAGUACUCCACGGCAUUUGGGCGCAUCUGGCUGUCGGUGGUGUUCGUCUUCCGCGUGCUGGUGUACGUCGUGGCCGCGGAGCGCGUGUGGGGGGACGAGCAGAAGGACUUCGACUGUAACACCAAGCAGCCCGGCUGCACCAACGUCUGCUACGACAACUUCUUCCCCAUUUCCAACAUCCGCCUCUGGGCCCUGCAGCUAAUCUUCGUCACGUGCCCUUCGCUGCUGGUCAUCCUGCACGUGGCCUACCGGGAGGAGCGCGAGCGCCGGCACCGCCAGAAGCACGGGGACCAGUGCGCCAAGCUGUACGCCAACGCGGGCAAGAAGCACGGCGGCCUGUGGUGGACCUACUUGUUCAGCCUCAUUUUCAAGCUCCUUAUCGAAUUCCUCUUCCUCUACGUGCUGCACACGCUCUGGCAUGGCUUUGGCAUGCCACGCCUGGUGCAGUGUGCCAACGUGGCGCCCUGCCCCAACGUCGUGGACUGCUACAUCGCGCGGCCCACCGAGAAGAAGGUCUUCACCUACUUCAUGGUGGGUGCCUCUGCCGUCUGCAUCGUGCUCACCAUCUGCGAGAUCUGCUACCUCAUCUUCCACAGGGUCCUGCGAGGCAUAGCCAGGAACAAGCCCCCGAAGGGCCACAGCCUCCCAUCCUCCACCAGCCGGGCCUCCACCUGCCGCUGCCACCACAAGCUGGUGGAGGCUGGGGAACUGGGCUCCGACUCUGGCGACGACAAGAGACACGCGUCUGCACCCAGCAUGACCCCCAUCUGACCACAGGCUGGGGAGCGACGCUGGAGCUGCCAGUGGGGACAGAUGGGCAGUACUGCACGGGGGGAGGGGUCCUACAGGUGCUGGGUGCCCCCACUUUGAAUUCGCUAAUCUAUCCCGUUUCAUUUUUGGCAGAUUUUUUGAGCACUGGGCACUGUGCUGUCUACCCAGGUAUAAGUCACACCCCAGAACUAGCGCCAGUCCUUGGGGGAGACAGACAUCGAAACAAACAAAUCAAUGACUGAGUGCGAGGGGACCCCCAGGAGGCUCCCAGCAGAGCUUCCGCCUAACCCAGGAGGGAAUGAUCAGGAGAGACUACCCUGAGUACAAAAUGUUUGAGAGAGGUGAGAAGGGCUUCCUAGAUGAGAAAGCGGCAGGUGUUUGCAGGUGAGAUGUUUGCCCUGGUUUGGAAGCACUGGAUCAAAGGGAAUUUCAUUCCCUUGGGAGAAGCACCCAGGUUCUGGGCUGGAAAGGAAGUAGUCUCUAAGCAGUGGGAGGUCCAAAGUCCUGAGGGUGAGCUUGUGAAGGGGAGGAGGAGAUGGCUCUGUGACGCCACCUGCUGCUCGAGAUACUCAGGUGUCCUCCUGGUCCCCACUGUCCUCAGGGGAAGCCCCCUUUCGCCCAGUUCUGCUCCUCCCAGGCUCAGACAGCUUUUCUGCCGUCUUCUUGCCACAAACGUGCUCAACCUAGUGCCAGCCUCUCAGACUCUGCUGCCAGAGACUCAAGGUAGAUGUUCCUUGAAAUCAAUAAAGGCU